AUGUACAACAUGUCCUCCACCGGGGCACUGUGUUCAGGUGAGAUUCACCUUCACAUGUAAUUCUCUGACUCAUUGUGAGGUUAUGUUGAAUCUAAGUUUUUGUCCUGUUGACUCUCUCAGAAGUCAUCCGAGAGCCGAUCAUCUGGGGUCUGAUCGCGGCCCUCUGCUUCACUGUUGUGAUGUCCUGUAUUCUUGGGAUCAUUUGUCUGAGAAAGUAAGAGGGGAAUAAAUUAUUUCAUGAAUACAUUGCAAGAUCUUGCAUCAGUGGGGCUUGAUUUAUUUGUAUUUUCAAUCCCAGGCCAUAUUAUUUUGGACUUGCUCCAGUAGGGCUCAGGGUUUGUUUUUUUUAAGUCUGUCCUCUAACACAGGAGACACAGCUGGGACUUUGGUCUUCAGACUCAGACAUCAUUGUAAAAAGUGUUGACUUUACCUCAAAAUGGAGGGUGAUCGACUGCUGUCAACAUCAGUUUGAAUAUUUGCAUUUCUCUGUCAUUUGGUUGGAAUUAGACCAUCCACUUCACAAACAAAGACACUCAAACUGAGUCAUGACCACAUAUGAGCAGCAGCGCCUUGAUCAAAAAGUGGCCAAUGGCAUACGAUCACAAAGUAGGACCAUCAAAUGUGGUAUAGUUAAUCAGUCUUGUUCAGAUCAGUAUAGUACGGUACAAAUGUAUUUGUGUUGUAUGUUAAAAAAGGCAAAGUAUUAAACUCUGUGUCAUCACAAACUGCUGCGGACAGUCAGCCAGGAAGGGCAGGAGUCAGAAGACUAACAACAACCUUCUCCUCCUGUCACCGGUGCUUGGAGUUAACACGUCGGACCUCCCCUCUCAAACGCUGUACAGUAUUAAUGAUGUAUACUACAGCAGUAAUGAGAAACACUUUCUCUUUCAGACAUCGUUCUCUGGUGAAGAAAGUCCGAGAGCUGCGGGGGAGCAGACUGUUGAGCAGUGCUGUCUCUCGUCUGGAAGCUCACAUCACACCUGCGAGGCCGAUCUCAGCAUUGGUGGAGGAGGUGAGGAACGGGGAGGAAGAGGAGGCUCCCCAGAUCCACCCUUUACAGAGCAGCAAGGUCAGGGUGUCGUCCAGGAGGCUGUGGAAAGGCCAGCAGCAGGUGAGUACACACAAAUACACUUCUGGUGAGGAUCAUUUUACACUUUGUGGUGUCUCUUUAGAAAUCAGUGUGACAUUUCUGUGACUACAUACAUGUUUAAUUUAAUCUAUGAGCUAAACCUCUACAUUCUCUGAAGCAUAUUUGCCCUUUUCAGCCACCAUACUCAUUUAACAUGUUACUUAUCUGCCCUAAAGAGUCCCUGUUUCACCAAGUCAGACCUGAACCUGCUGCAGCUGAUCAAAGCUGGGAAGGAGGGCGUCUUCUACCAGGCCAGGAUGACCAGAGGGACAUGUAAAGGCCACGGCAUGUUCACCUGCAAGAUCAGCAAAGAAGGUACACAGACUGCACAUCGCUGACACUUCACACCUACAAGCAUGUCUUAAAGCAAGAAUUAAAUUUGUCUGGGUUAGUGAGUGAAGUCCAAGUGAAACAUGCAAACAAACUAACAGUAAAAUGCAGCUCAAUGCUUUUCCCCUGCACCUUUAUUUUCAUGUGUUGCUCACACAUCUGUAUGCAAUAACUGUCAUUAUUUCCUAACUCUAAACACCAGCCUGAGACAAGCUCUAAUAUUUUUGGAACACGGUCAACAGACAGAUAAUGAAUUUCAUGUAACAUUUCUUGUCAGACUUUUAGUAUUUACCACAGCCAAGUAAUAAUACAAAAUAGUUAAAAUAUGUUCAACGUGUACUGUUACUAAUGCUAUUAAAUUCACAUGUUAAUAUCAAGAAUCUGUUUUCCCCAACUUUAUUUUUUUCUUCAGGCGUCCGUCCCAAACAUGUGGAGACAGAGGUUUCCAUCAUGAGGAAACUGAUUCAUCACAAGAACAUUUUGCAGCUGCUGGAUUGGAAUAUCACAGAUGGUAAGAGAUCCCCAAACACAAACUUUUGUUAGCUCCUGGUUUGAAAGUAUUACCUGCAGGUAGUCGAGACUCAUUGUCUCUUUGUGUUUGUACAGAGCCUUAUGUUCUCAUCAUGGAGUAUGUGAGCUGCGGCACCCUAAGGACCUUCCUGCAGACAAACAAAGCUCACCUGAGUGCAGACCCAGAGCUGCAGAGCCUCCUCACCAUCGCUUCCUACCACAUCGCUCUGGCUAUGCAGCAUCUUCGCUCCAAAAUGGUGACACCUCAUGAAGGCCUCAAUUGUAGAUUGAAAACAACAUGCGUCUGAUGAAAGUCAAACCAAACUGCUCUGCUGUGGUCUUUGCUGCAGAUUCUUCACUGUGACCUGGCUCUGAGAAACAUCAUGGUCAACAAGUUUCCCUGGGAGGUGAAAGUUGCAGAGUUUGGCCUGGCAAGAGAUUUAACGAGUAUGACGAGCCGUCGGAGCAGCCGCUGGAGAAACCCACGAGUAAGACAAUUACACACACAUCACAGGGAAUGUAUCUGUUGUAAUGGAGUCCGUAUGGUUUGGAUAUAAUAAAUGAACAUGAUAACUCCUCAAAAGUGAAGCCAACACACUCAGAGCCCCCUCUACUGACAGGUUAUAGAAAAGGUCACAAAGCCCACAUCCUCCAGUAUAACAAGUAGGUUAAUCUGGUUAAGGUCCUUACACACCGGGGCCGACGCGACUAUAGAACGCAAAAUUGCGAAAUAUUGACGGGCCUGACUAUACACAUCAAGGCCGAUGCGAUUUUGCGACUUUUCCGGGGAAAGUCCCGCCUCCUUCGCCUCUGAUUGGCUAGAAAAGCUGGAAACGUCAUCACACGCUCAAGCCAAACAGUCAGCACUUAUUGCCAAUCAGAGGAGAUAAGAUGAGCACAUGAAACUAUGGUAACAACCAUUAGCUUAUGUUAGCACAGAUGAAAGUUAAAACAAAAGCGUUUAGCAAACUGCUAAAGCAAACAAACCAUCGUCAUAUGAGAGAUCCGACGCUAUGUUGUCCUUCAGGUCGUCAUCUUUGUAAUAUUUGUGUCUUUUAUCAAAAAGCACUCUGUUCUCAGACACAUAAACAAUCAGCUGGUUGGCCAUGUUGAAUCAGUGAAUCGGUGAAUCAGACGUCACAACAACACGCAAUCUGUUUGGUCAGAAGUGGACACACAGUAUGCGAAACUAAAGAAAAAUCAACCGUGAUCCGAAAAAAUAAAUGCCGCAAAAUCGCAGGAUGGAAAAAGGUUGCUGAUGUGAACGCUUGUAUUGACAGGAUACGGGUUCGAAAAAAAUAUUGAGGUCCAAAAUAAUCGCACGACAAAAACGCUCCCAGUGUGAAAGGACCUUUAGAAUGGUAUCAAAAGUCAACCAGUCACAGCAUUGCAGAUAAAGUCUUUGUGAAAUAACUUCUGUGUAAUUUUUGCAGGUGCUUUUAAAUGAUAUCCUUCUUUAGCUGACUUCCUUUUUGGCUUUGGUUUUUAGAGUUCUGAGUAAAAGCCAGAUUUCACUGAAAAGGUCAAAUCUAAAAUAAACCAACUUAGGGGUCUACAUUCUCUCUUGGAGAGUUGUGAGUUUUAGCUUUGUUCAGGGAAAACUUCUGUAUAUAAAACCCAAACUUUUCUGUUGUUUUAAACUCCUACAGCAGCGUGUGCCUCUGCGCUGGUACCCUCCUGAAUACUUUAAGAACAACUACUACAGCUUCAAGGGCGACGUGUGGGCGUUUGGCAUUGUGCUGUGGGAGAUGCAGACAUUUGGUGAGCUGAUGUUUUGUAUGUUUACAAUGUUUCCUCAAGGUCCAGUUUUCAUUUUAAAGCCCUGGUGAUGAAUUUCUGAGUAUUUGAAACCAAUAAUAAGAACAGGAUGGACCAUGUUGUUCAAAGAAGUUAAACCAGAACACCUUGCACUAUUUUUUUUCCUUUACUCAUGAAAAAAAAUCCCUAAUUUGAUCAGUACAGAGAUGUCAGGGGAGCUUGAUUCACUUGUUUUUGUAUGAAACACCCUCAUGGAAAAAAAAAUCUAACAUUCGCAGGAAUCCUGCCGUACCCAAACCUGGAGUCAUCAGAUGCAGUGGUCUAUCACAUCUGUAUCGGUCAUAAAAAUACAAACCCAGAAGGCUGCAGACCAGAGAUGUGAGUGAAAACUGAUUAUCUGAUUUACUGCAAAAUACAAGCUGUUUUAAAAUAGUCUAUAUAUCCUAAAGCAUGAACAUGUUUCAUAUCGAUUGUAGUUACAUUUUUGCUUGAAUUUGAUCAUUUUGCAUUUCCUGAGCAAAAUUUGUGAGUGUUUAAGAAUUCAGGAUUAGUGUGAACAUUCUGUCUUGAGUUGGAUUGAUGGAUGCUAAUUUGAUCUUCUAGUUUGAUCUCAGCUCUUCAUAAAUAUGUUGAUCCUGCAGGCUUCACAUCAUGAGGGAUUGCUGGCAGGAGCCGUACACCCUGAGACCAUCUUUCACAGACAUCGUCUCAAUGUUGGAAAACAUCAUUGAAAAUGAUUCGGUAAGAGAUAACACUGAUUCAAUAUGUCAUGUACUGAUAUGGAUGGCAUGAAUGACAUUGAAUUUCUUUUGUAUGUGUUGUUAUCUUUAAAUGUGCCUGUUCUAAUUGGAGGAGAAUAAUACUCAUGUCAGUAUAUGCUGGGAGGGUGUAAUGGAUGUGAUAUUGAGUUGAAUCUUUAAUCUUGAUAUCAGUAGGUGUGCAUUUGGUAAAGAAAAUAUAAACAGUUUAUAUACCUAUGUGACAGGUUAUAAUUUAUUAAAUGAAAACUCUUUGAUGCUUUUUUGCAGGAUUAUGUGGAUGUUGAGAGCCCGCAGCUUCUGGUGAAAGAUGAAGCUGAAUUUCAUGAAGCUAAAGGUGUACGAGCAGCCAGCAUCUCCUUGGAGGAUAAAAAUCUCCUCUAA